AUGACUCCCGCCGGCUCAAUCGCACUCGCCCUCUUCUUGACCACCUUUGGCGUCAUGUUCUUCUGGUACAUUUGGGUCAAAGCCUUUGAGUGGGAACUAGCCAUCUGGUACCGUCACACAGUCCAGCAUCGCCAGGAGCGCGAACUUGACUUGCCGUCCAUCGACUUGGAGAGGGGCAGAGGAGAAGCUGGAGGAGGAAGUGAGGCUGCUAGUAAGGCUGGUAGCAAGAAGUCUGGUGGUGAGGGAAGUAAGACAUCAGGCGGAGGAGGAAGCAAGCAUGGAAGCAAGGCUGCCAGCAACAAAUCAGACAAUAAGAAUGGUGGCGGAAGCAGACAUGACAGCAGAUCCGCGGGCAAGGCUUGA